CGUCGGAGUGAAUGGUUAUAUCGCGAUUCGAGUCGUAGAUCAAAAUGUGACGGUGCCGAUUUUCUUAUCCCCACGGUGAGCAACAAUUACGCCACUGAUACGCGGCCGGCCAUAGGCCGUGGUCACAGCUAAGCAUUAUAUAGAAAAACGAAUAUAAACAUGCUGAUAAGGUUCGUAUCGCGACCUUCCGCGGUGAGAACAUUCUCCUGUGAGUUAAUGACGCACACAUUGGAUCGCAUUCCGUUUUUCCGCGUACAGAACAGUAAAAUGUUAACCGUGCGCGCGCGUGGAUCCUGUGUAGUGUGACCAUUUGCCUGCACAACUUAGAGACGUCCCUCGCGUCCGCACUUUCCUCUGACUAGCCCACAGUGGAAGGUUUCUAGAGUCACACUGAUCCUGUGCAGUAAGCCAGCGAGGCGCCGCUCGUGCUCGGUUGCUUUGGUUGCGGCGGCUUCGGCUUCGGCCUUCCUCGAGCCACGAGGCACUCUGGUCACAACCGGUCAUCCACCGACAAAACAAAUCUCCUAUUUGUCCAACGACAUGAGAGUGCAUCAAUUGCAAGCUGGUGGAAUCGAAGCAACGAUGCAGAGUUGUUGCGACAACAAGGAAACCAACGACCUUUACAAGGAUGUGGUAAUUAUAGGAAAUGGACCCAGCGGUAUUUGCCUGUCCUACAUGCUCGCUGGAAACUGGCCGUACUACACCGGCGAGCCGCAUCCCGGGGACGAGAUGCUGACCGCCAGGCUGUGCUCUAGCGUGGCGAACAGCGAGUUGGACUUGGAAAGAAACGGAAUCAACAACCAGCAACGAUGGCAGAACAGGUUCGAUGGAUGCGAGAGGAAAAACCAAGACAGGUGUUUGGCGCGCAGCACAAGGUGCAAACUCAAGUGUCUCUCUUCCGGGCUAGAGGGUAGGGUAGGUGGCCGACCUCUGGCCCUUCUCAUGGAUCAACUGCAGCAUCCUGGCGUGGACAGUGGCUUCGACGUGCCGUCUCUUCUUACUUGGAAAUCCCGGGAGCAGAAUCCCGAGCACAAGCUGAUCGACCACGUCGUGCUCGGCAAGGGCCGACCAGGAGGCGCGUGGCAGUCGAUGGAUCCGAACGUGCUGACCAUCAGCUUGAACCGAUGGAUGUCGUUGCCAGACUUGGAUAUCAGAGAGUGGGAGACGAUGGUAGAGUCCGAGCAGCUUCGGAAAACCAGCUCGGCGGACGCCACGGAAUCGUAUACGCAUAAAACGGCGAGUAGAAUUUCUGUUGGAACAGUGGCCGCCUACUACGACGACUACAUACGGAUAAAGAGACUAGAGCAAUAUUUUCGAUGCGGGACCAUGGUCACGUCCGUAAGGGCAGAUCGCGUUUCGCACGGAUGCGAACAGGACUCGCGAUACGGAUGGAUAGUGGAGGGGUUCGUAAUCGAGACCGGGCAGCCGUUCCGAUAUCGGUGCAAAACGGUCGUUCUCGCGACUGGCAGCACCGAUUCGCCGAAUCGGUUAGGGAUACCAGGCGAGGAUUCGCAGCCCGAGUGGGUGACACAUCAUUUAAACGAUCUCGAGAUGAAGUUGGAUAGGCUGGUCAACCGGCGGAUACGCGUGGACGCGCCCCUGUUCCACCGAACAUGCGAACGCAGCCAUAGGCGAUGUCGAGCUACGGAUUCCGAUUCGGACGAGCAACCCGCGAAACAAAUCAUGCCCGUUCUCGUGAUCGGAGCGGGACUGAGCGCGGCGGAUGCGAUCAUGGCCGCGCGUUUCCGUGGCAUUCCCGUGUUGCACGCGUUCCGGGACACUUCGUACCACACCGAGGAUGGAAAAUGGAAUAAGUCUGAAGACGAGGAAACGCAACGCAUCAAGUACAAGAAGCUGCUGGGCCUUCCCAGUUCCAUGUAUCCGGAGUAUCACAAAGUUUACGAGAUGAUGGAGGACGGAGGUAAAAAUUACCCUCUGUAUAGAGCGUUGCCUGGAUACACGUUGCUCGAGAUAUCCGAAGCCGGGAACGAUCGCCACACCAACGAGCCCAUUCGAGCAGCCACACUAUCGUCUCCGGACGGUCGGGUGUGCUCGUUUCGCGUAUCGAUCGUCGCGAUACUGAUCGGCUCCAAACCAGACUUGUCGUACCUCGAAGGCGGCGGUAUCGGUCUCGGAAGACUGUCUGACAAAUUGAUAGACAGUAAAUCGAACCCGAUAGAGGUCGACGACUUCACGUACGAGGUGAUCGAGUCGCCGAAAGCUGGCCUCUACGCUCUGGGACCCUUAGUCGGUGAUAAUUUUGUACGUUACAUACUUGGUGGAGCGUUCGGAAUUUUAGCACACACAUUGACGACGUCUACCACCUGAGGCGAGUACCGGAACCACGUUCCGGUAUGAUUGUUAUCCGUGCAGGAGAGCGACCAACGAUCGAGUACAAGACAACUGGUUAGAUAAUUCGCAACAAGCACCAAGCUACAGUCAUACAGCAAAUCAAAACGCAAAUAGCCAAUUCAGCGAUACUUUUUACAGGGUAGCAUUUUUUUAAACGCUCAAUCUAUGUACGAUGUUGGUAAAUACUUGAGUAACGCGUUCGUUGGGUUGGCUAGAUGCGGUUAAACGAGAGAAAAAUCGCCCUCGCGUCAGUUAUAAAAGGUACGAUAUCGGAGGUAAAGGUAUCUCAUAAAUGUUAGACAUAAACAUUGUUCCAACUACAGAUCACUUGAAUCAAAAUGUUUCGUUAUAGAUCUUGCUGUUUAUUAACACAUCUUCGAGUCCUAUCGGUCCAGUACGAUAUUUACGUUAACAUUGUGUAGAAUUGUAUAACGUUCAUAUAUACGUUUACUUACAUAUUCUUUUAUGUUAAAAUGAAAGAGAACACGAUGUUUCCGCGUAAAACGUGCCUCUAUAUAUUUCGAAGUUUAUCAGGAAACGCGUGAGCUUCCGAUUGCUGCGUAUGCGUACAACAAAUUUCUUUUUAUUUAAUAGUUAAUUUAAAAUUUCAGAUGUUAAUGUUGAAAUUGACAAAUCCAAAAGUUACUUUCGCAUAUUAUUUUAACUGUAUUUCCCAUUUUCGUUGAGUGUUUGAUACCGCGCACAGAAUGUAUACUACACGACAACGGUAUUUCCAUCCGAGAAAUAUCAAGCUAUAACAACUUUAUUGUAUAGCGGUUCGGAGUUUUGCCCCGAUACAUGUAAACCUUACUUUUCUUGCCUUAUGUUUUGAAUACAACGAAAAGACAACUAACCAGAAUAAUAGCUCCGGCAAGAAUAACUAUGCAGUACAAAUUUUUAUUGGCCCUUUGAUAAGAGUCUGCCUUCUUUAAUUGUUUAUAACCUUCCUGCACUUGUACUUGCGUUUGUUCAAUGUUAUAAUCGAUUCUAUCCAAGAUAGUGCCUUGGUCCUGUACCAUAUUCGUUAAAUCCUGUUUGGAGAGAAUAUUGAUGAAACUUCGAAAUCCUCGAAACUUUUAGUAGCUCCUAGAAAAGUGUAUUACCUCGAAUAUAUGUCGGAGAUCCGCUAUACUCUG